AUGGCGAAAAGUAAUGUAAACGUUACUGCUGCACAAGGUUUUGAACAAGCUGCUACCGUCUAUGAACAAGCUCGUCCGUCAUAUCCAAAUGAAGCAAUUGAUUUGAUUAAAUCGCUAUACAACAAACCAAAUACAAUUAUUGAUCUUGGCGCUGGUACAGGAAAGUUAACACGUUUAUUAGGACCAAUCAAUGCUCAAGAAAUCAUCGCCAUUGAACCAGUAUCCAAAAUGCGUGAAAAUCUGAAAAACAUUCCUCUCAUUACUAAAAUCAUUGACGGAGCAGCUGACCAAAUUCCAUUUGAAGAUAACACAAUCGAUAUGGUUCUAUGCGGACAAUCUUUUCAUUGGUUUGCGAAUCAUAAUGUUCUCACUGAAUUAAAUCGAGUAUUAAAAUCAAACGGUUUACUUGUAUUACUUUGGAAUAUACACGAUAAUCGAGAUAAUGAAUGGGUUGAAAAAAUAUCGAAAUAUAUGGAUUCAUUUCAAUCAAAUGAAACACCACGUUAUAAAACAAUGGAAUGGAAAAAAGUUUUCGAUGAUCAAAAAUUAUUUUCUUCAUUAGAACAUAAACAAUUUCCUUGCAAACAUCGAGUCACACGUCAUUUGUUAGUAGAUCGAAUUUUAUCAACAAGUUUUAUUGCAAUAUUACCUUCAGAAGAAAAACUAAAAUUAAUAGCCGAAGUUACAAAUAUGUUAGAGAAUGUUGAAGCAAUUCGUGACAGAGAAGAAUUCGAUAUAAAUUAUCUUACUGAUGUUUACUGGUGUUCACCAUUAAAAUCAUCAUCCUAA